AUGGCUCUUUUAAGAAAUCAGUAUCUUCACAGGUCUAGAGAUAUCGCUGAGAUGAAUUUGAUUGAAUGUCACCACCACUUUAGAAUGGAGGAACCAAAUGAAAUGAUAGUGCCCUACUUGGAGGAAGCUGGAUUUUUUACCGUUGCAAAAUCGGGAUCUUGCAACGUGGACCCAUCAUUGGUGACCGCAAUGGUAGAACGUUGGAGAACAGAAACACACACAUUUCAUCUUCCAAUAGGAGAGUGUACAAUAACUCUUGAAGAUGUUGCAUUACAACUUGGUCUACCUAUCAACGGAAGACCAGUAACUGGAGGUGGCGCUUUAGAUUGGGAUGAAGAAUGCCAACAACUUUUGGGUGUCAUUCCUCCAAAAAAUCAAAUGGUGGGCCAAUUCGUCAAACUGAAAUGGUUAAAAGACACAUUUGCUCAUGUUCCGAAUAAUGCAGCAGCUGAGCAAGUACAACAACAUUGUAGAGCGUACCUAUUACGCUUGAUUGGGGGUUUGGUAAUCCCUGACAAAUCUUGCAAUAGAGUUCAUUUGAUGUAUCUUCCCCUGUUGAAACAUAUUCAACGUGUUCGACUAUAUAGUUGGGGUUCAGCGUGUUUGGCAAACUUAUACAGACAAAUGUGUCGUGCAACCGCACCGUCUUAUGCAUGUAUGGGUGGAUGUACAUUGCUCCUUCAAUCUUGGGUAUGGUAUCGCAUGCCGUUCAUUGCCCCUCAUUGCACUAGAGAGAUAUCAUUUCCACUAGCAAAACGGUAA